UGUAUUUACAGUUCUCGCGUGGUGCACAUUUGGUAGCACUUUAAAAUACUUCGGAGCUUGGUUUGUUUAUUAAUUAAUUUCGUGUACAUGCAUAACAAAAAUCCUUCACGAAUCCUAAGGAACUGUCUUAUCAAGUUUUAUAAACAUGUUUGGAAAAGAAGCUAUUAAACUUGUAACGGAGCUUGAUAUGCAUGAAGAUAUUCGACCAUUUAAUGAACAGGUAAUGCGACAAGUUUUUGAAGAGAUGCAAAAACUUUAUGAGGCCAAUCUUGUGGACAGUAACGCCAUACAGAAUGAAGGAAACACUACAUUGUUACCAUCGGUGCAUUUUCGUCAUACAGCACUCCUUAGAAACAAAAGAUGCGUACUGGCAUAUCUGUACCAUCGGAUCAGACGAUUACGACAGAUGCGCUGGGAAUUGGGGAGUAUUCUGCCAGCUGAAAUAACUACCAAUCUGUUGAAUGCAGAGAUACAAUGGUUUCAAAACUAUAAUAAAUCUUUGGCCACCUAUAUGAGAUCAAUUGGUGAUAAUCAUGGAUUAAAUCUGACUAUGAACAUGAGCCCUCCAAAGACACUCUACGUCGAGGUGAAGUGUCUAAGUGACUUUGGCAAGCUAGAACUUGACGACGGCGAAAUUAUUACACUUAAAAAGAAUACAUAUCAUUUGUUACCAAGAGCCAUAUGCGAACCGCUUAUCAGACAUUUCAACAUAGGCGAUACGUGGCAAGAAACUGGGGCACUUGUAUAUACAUAUAUAAUAUAUCGACACACAACGAUUCAAUAUUUACUUGAGAGAUUAAAAUAUGGAGCUCGUUCUUCUCCUUCCCUCUUACCAAGUUUCUUAAAAAUACAGUUCGCAUAGCUCAGACGGCAGACAAUCCGAAGCAGUUCUUAAGUCACAACGGCAUACAAAUACAGACGUACGAUAUACGCACGUACGUGCUUCACGCAUAGUUUACUAACGGCAAGUUAGUUUUUCCUCGGAUAAGACCAGCGGCAGUCGACAUCUAUCUCGUGUAAUCGUUGCUUUCUAAUGUUUCCUUUUGAUUAUGAGUAAAGGCAUUCUGCUGUCCACAAUUUCCUACGGUGAACAAAACAAAAACAAAAAAAGAAGCAUAUUUCAUGUCGAAAGAAUCAUAACAACUUUGGCGAGUUGUAAGCUAAGUCUGCUUAAGAUGCUCUUGGCUGCUGCUUAAUAAUGACAAGUAAGUUAGCAAGAAUCUAAGAAAAUUGACAUAAAAAAAAUAUCAGAGAUUUGUUUAACUUUGUAUAUACAAGAGGAUUAAUUGUAAAA